CUGUCGCAGAAUCUCUCAGUCUGAGCCAUUGUAACUUUCAAGUGACUGUUUUUGCAUCUCCUGAACAAACAUGUCCUUCCUGAAGCUCUUUAAAGCCACAAAGAUGAUGAAACUUGUACCCCUGGGCAUCCUUACAGUCUGCAUUGUGGUAUUUGUGAUGCGUGUGGAUGAAAAGAGUGCUGUUGGAGCAAAAAUUGACAUAAAUCCAAUACCCUUCACUGACCUGGUGACACCGAGAACAGUCACUGUUGAGGUGAAGAAGAAAGCCAUGGUAAUUGUUCCAGAGAAGUACAAUGAAGCAAAUGUUAGGACAAGACUAAUGCAGGAGAAAAUCCGAAGACUGAUGGCCAAGAAUCAGGAUGUGGCACGCGAUGAAAAAGGACAAAAUGGAACAGAGCUCACGAGGCACGUUCACAUCUUGUACUAUGCCCCUGUAAAAUGGUUCAAAGACAAUUCACGAAAUUCUUCAAGGGAUCGACGUGAAACGCCCAAUAUCAUCUUCUAUCCAGCUCGAGGACUCUAUCAGCCCACCCGAGAAAUUUUUCAAGAACACUUUCGGGAGAUUCGAAGUUCAGGAGUUGGUGUUUUAGUGAUCUCCUGGAGUCCAGCUGUUAAUCUCAAACUUCUCAAACUCCUUGUCAAUGUAUCCAGGGAGCACAAUCUCACCAUAGCUGUGAGCAUUGAGAGCUAUCCUGGCCGAACGAUAGAUUCCAUUGAGAGAAACAUCAAGUUCUUCUGUGAUACCUUCAGUGAGCACCUACAUCGGAUUCACAUUCUUCCUCGCAAUUCCCUCAUGACUAUCUUCUACAUUCGGGAACCCUUUAUGCUACCCUGGGCAGAUUGGCGAGGAUUGAGACGCUCAUGCAACGCACUGCUAAUAGCACACAUUAUCUCUAAGGAUCACACUUCUCUGGCUCGUCGUGCUGGCUUCGAUGGCUUCUACACCCUUCUGGGCAGCAAUGGAGCCACUUACGCUUCCACCUGGAAGCACUGGCAGCAUCUGCAGAAAUUUGCCACACAGUACCGAAUGCUUUUCAUCCCAUCUGUUGCUCCUGGCUUUGCAGAACGCAAGAGAUCCAUGAGACAGAGGCAUAGGAGCAAUGGACAGUAUUACGGAGUAGCCUGGAGGACUGCCAUACGCCUCGGUGUACCCAUUAUUAGUAUUUCCAGCUACAAUGACUGGCCCCAUGGAGAUCAAAUUGAGGAUGCAGUUUCAAGAGUUGGCUUUAAGGAUUACAGCACUGCCAGUGGAAAAACUCACAAAUAUCUCCAACUCACAUCACACUGGAUUGAGGAGUUCAGAAAGCACAGGGGAAAAAGUCCUGCGGACACUUGCAGUGCUCUCUUCAACAACACCGUCUGUUUGUAAGUUUUUUCGCUCAUUUCUGAGCCAGUUACACUUAUUCCCUAGCACUUGUUAUAAGAAUACUUAAACACUGUAUCCAUAAUCCUAAAAUUAUAUUAAAAAAUCAAGGUAACUUUAAAUGAUCAUUAAAUACCCUCCACACAUGAAAGGAAUAUGUCAAUAUUGAAAACAUUCAGUUAGAAAGAAAUCUUGCGAGCCAGAUAAUUAUUUUUCGGAUUUUUCGUAUAAAAAUAUUAAAUAAAAUAUUUUAUCAGAAUUUUUCCUGUAAGAAAAUUUCUGGUUUUUCUAGAUUUUGGGAAUGUCCUAAUAACCUGAUAUUCCUAAUAACGGUUUUUCAAGGUCAAAGACAUAAAAGGCUCUCGAAAAUGUAUUUCUUAAGUGAAUGCUGUAAAGGUUUUGGAAUUUCCGACAGUGUAAACCGAUUACAAUCGAUUAUGAACCGGUAACGAACUGAUAAGUAAUUUUUUAUCCGAAAUUUCUAAAUCGGUUCAAAUUCGAACAUUUCCCAAAGCAGAGACCGCUUUGCCAUCCCUUUCUUAGUAAAAAAAAGAAAUAGUUUAAAAGCUUUUUCUUGGCAUUUUCUAAAAUUGGAAUAUUUUACGAUUUUCAAAAUUUGGAUAGUUAAAUUCUGAUAUGAUAUUUUUAGAAUAUUUUGCUGUUAAUUUAUCGAUCCUUUUGCUAUGUAUUAUAGAAAAAGUUAAAUGUUUAGGGUAAAUGUCCUAAUUCAAAACCAUUUCCAAACGCUUUAACUUUGACAGAAGAUUCAACACUUUAAGUUCAAUUUUUUUUCUGAAGAAAAUUACAUAAAUUUGCUCCUUGACUCUUCUAGAAUGUUACUGUUUAGUGAAAAUUAUUUUAAUAUAAUUUGAAAACUUCUUAAAUACAAGAAAAACACACAAGUGCAAAAUGCUUCUAUUUGAAACAAAUUAAUCCAAAUGGAGACAAGGGAAAUAUUGUAAUUGGAGACAAACAAAUUUUAUUUCACAAAUUAAAAUUUGUGAAUAUGAAUGGAUUUUCGCUUUAUUUGGAGCAAAAUUAACUGAAUAAUGAAACUGUGGUAUAGAAAAUAUAAAUAUACAGUGCUGUCUCUCUAUAUGUACACUCUCUAUAUGCACAGCUUUUGUGUCGGUUGCAUUCAAAAUCAAUUUGUUUACAUUUUUUUGACAAAGUAAUAAAGAAAAUUAUUUUCUUGGUAACUAAUUUUUCUUGUUUUUAAUUUUCUUAAUUUUAUUUUUUCUGUCUCAUAUUAUAUUUAAAAUAACACGGGAAAUUCUAGAACAAUAAAAAAAUGAUAAUUUAUUAAAAGAAAGACAAAAACCGUUGGGAAUUUCAAAAAAAGUUGUGCAUAUUCAGAGAGAGAACUGUCAAAAAAGUUCCCAAACUGUGCAUAUAGAGAGACAGCACUGUAAUAAUUUAGUACUGUAUUUAUCAUGAAAACAAUGACGUCUCCAUUUGGAAUAGAGAAAAAAUUCCAUUUGGAGUAAGUUUUGAAUUAGCUUAAUUUACCCUAGAAAAUAUAUCAGAAAAAGAUCUAAUUUUGGUAUAAACCAAAGUUUAUUUGUUUCCUUAAAACUGUGUCAUUUUGUACAUUAUUCUGUUUACAUCAUGAUAAAUAUUCCUAGACGCUUUAAUCUUUUCCACCGAGCGGGACUCGAACUCAUAAUUUUGACCGUCAAACCAGAGAUUUCACCACUCAAGAACUCGAACGCUCUUACCGCUCUUACCAAUUACUCCACAAGACUUUCCCGCCCUAGCGAUUUUCUCUCAUAUUGACUACAUAUUUGUAGAGAUAAAUUGUGUAGCUCAGAGGCAAAAUGGCACAUAUCCUAUGCUUUAGCCAUAGGAUAUGUGCCAUUUUGCCUCUGAACUCCACAAUUCAGCAAUAUCGAUCAAGAAUUCAAUAUUUCAGCGAAAAUAUUGCAUAUUAUUGGUAUACAAGAAUUAGAAGAAUUAUUUUGUUUUGUACUGCAUCAGUGACUUAGAUGGUAGUUCUGAGUUUCGUGUAAAUAAAAUAAAAUAAAUGUUUUCUAAAAUAUUUGAAAGUAUGACAAAUAUUUUUGAAAUACUCUGAUUUUUUUCUGUUUUACUCAAUAAUAUGUGCACUCAAACCGUCCAAAAUAUCAUGAAAUAUUGAAUUUUUCAAAAAAAAAUAACAUCAAUUUCAAAAUUUAUAAUUCAUCUACAGAAAUUUAUUCACUGAGAGAGAAAUAUUAACAUUUUACAUUUUAUUGGCGCUUCUCUUAAAUGAUUCCUAAAUUUUUAAGCUUUAAAUCUUUAUAUCGGCCUUUUAAAGUAUCAAAUUUCUUUAAAGGCCUCUACACAUUGGGAGUAAUUUUAGUCAAAAAUUGCUCUUCUGACGGAAAUUGUCUGCACUGCUGCAGGUAGAUAUAUCGUCGCUUGCGCCUACCUCUGUCGUAUCUGCAUUUCUUUUGUGUCAGCGUUUCACGCAAGAGGGGACGUCUGUAUUGUAGUUGCACCAAAUGCAUAUACAAAACAAAAGCAGAUACGACAGAGGUAGCCGCAACCGACGAUAUGUCAAAAUUCUGUCAAAAAUUAAUUUUUUUAGGAAAAUUUCUCCCAAUGUGUAGAUACCUUAAAAGCCCCUAAAGUCCUCUACACAUUCAGUGCAAUUUUCGUCAAAAAUUUAUUUUUUGAAAGAAAUUGCAUGUACUGUUGUAGGUAGAAAUGUCAAAAUUCUGUCAAAAAUGCAAUUUUUGACGAAUAUUGCUCUCAAUAUGUAGAAGACUUAAGGUAAUAUGGGGUAAUUCGGAAUGAUGUCUAAUUUAGAAUUUUGAGAUUUCCUUCUAGUUUAUAUGGCAAAAGAAAAAAAAACAAAGUAGGCUACUUCAAGUACUACUCCGGAGAGUCGACGCCUAUACUUCUUGCUCUUUUGUUUCUCUUGCCUAUUAGAAAUAGUGAGGAAAUCUUAAAAUACCGAAUUGGAAUUGGAACUAAAACCCACAGUAUAAUAUAAUAAUAAUAAUGGUGGCACAACGUUCCAUAGAGGAACUAGGCCUUCCCACAAGGGAAGUUCGGGACAUCCAUUAUUAUUUAUUCUUAUAAAGGGAUGAGGUUGUCAGUCCCAUGCCCGGGGAAUCAAGUGCAGUGAAGCUCACUAGAUGCAAUCCGAACACCUUUAACGCCAGAAAAAUUCCUGGUGACCUAAAGGGGAUUCGAAAGCGGGACACUUGCAUCAUAGGUUAAAAAAUACCCAGUAUGCCUCUGUUAGAUUUUCUAAGGUUUAUAUUUACACAUGUUUCAAUGAUUUUGCUAAUUAGUUCCUUUUUUUAUUGUUGAUUUUCGAUCAGCGAAAAACAUCUCGUCUCUAUAAAGCUACAUUUUAAACAGUUUCCAAUUACUUUUCAAAAUUAAUAUGCCAAAAUUCUUUAAAUUUUAAAUAUUGAUCAAAAUAGCUUGAUCAAUAUUUUCAAUAUUGACAUAUUCUUUCAAUGUUUGAAAGUAAUUUUACAGUUCGAGCAUUACCCCGUAUGUAAAUACAUAUUUAAUCCUGUAAAACAUUUUAAAUAAAUUUGCGAUAUUUUGAUUGGCUGGAUUUUGAAAGCUUUAAUUGUUUAAUAUUUCAGCCAAUCCGAAAAUAUAUAGAUAUCAAAAUAUUUUAUAGGAAAAAUAAUUAUUUUAUGGCACUCGGAUAAUGUAUUAUGGCAUCAUUGUGAGUAAUGCUUAUCAAAAUUAAGUAUUUUGAGAUAUUGAAUCCAAUUGUAUUACGUCUACUUAGGAAAUUAUGUAAAACUUUCUUCAAUAAUGCUAAAUACAGACGUAAUUUUCUUUAUGGCCUCUACGCACUAGGGAAAUUUAUGUCCAUAUUGAAGUAAAUCAUCUACAUUUGUGCAGGAAAAACUGUCAAAUAUGAACAUAAAUUUCUCCAGUGUGUAGAGGCCAUUAGUGUAUGGAGGCUAUUACGUGCAAACUAUUUUCUUCAAAAUGCUCCAUUUUGACGAAAAUUCUUACAAUGAGUAUAUGCCAUUAGGAAGAAAAUUUAGGAAAUAUUAAAAAAUAUAUAUCACCUAAAACUCAUUUUCAACAAAAGAGUAAGAGAAAUUUUGCAAAAAAAUCUUAUACAAUUUAAAAAAAAACAUGUAUUCCAAAAUUUGUUAAACUACUCUAAUUCAGAACAACUUUCAAGAUGUUAACAUUUCACCUUGUAUACUUUUGUAAGUCUGAACAGAGCGUGGAAAAAUUAUUUCCUCGCAAAUUUUUCGUAUUAUUCCAAGACUGUAACGAUUCUUCAAGACUAUAAAACAUCAUAAAAAUAAUCAACCUAGUCAACAACAUUCCUUAAAAAAUAAAUCAGCUGUAGUUGUAAUUGGAGUAGGCCUGCAUUACUUUGCAAAGUUCAAAUUUUAUGCUUGAAAUAUUUAGUACAAAAACAAAAAGAAAAAUUUGGAUAAAAUAAAAGAAUCUAGCCAUACAUUUUAGUAGUAGAAAAUAGAAAUUAGUGAUUACGAUGAAUCUCAAAUUCUUGUGCCAAAAUUAAAUAAAUAUUGAAAUCAAUUCUUCAAUAUGGCAGCAAUAAACUUUUCCAUUUUUGGAAGAAGUUCAGCAUAUUUUUUUACAGCUAGAUGCAAAUUUUUAGAUCACUUCAAACCCUUCAAGCUUUGAUAGAAAUUUGCAUUGCUUUGUAGAAAUAAGCUUCCCAGAAUCCCUUUAAUAAAAAUAAAUUAAGUUUUGUAGCAAUGUCAAUCAGCAAAAAUGACUGCACUGUUUUCAAAGUGCAUUUUUUAGUAUAUUGGAUAAGAAAUUAAGGAACUGCAAGUAGAAUAAAAUUAAACAAGUCCAUUUGAAAUAUUACGUGUAUUGUACUUUAAGUAAAAAAAAAUAUCUCUGUGUGAUAAAGAAAUAAAAUGAGUCUUCUGAAAGCCAAAACAACAAA